AGAAACGCAAGCGGGCAAAAAUACAUGUGAUAUCUCAACUGCCAUUGUCAUUACCAGAUAUUCGCCAACUUUAGGCAAUUUCAAAUAAAUAACCAGUUUUUGCGAAAAUGAGCCUCCACGUCUAAGCUUUUACUCCCUUACAAUUAUCACAGUUGUCGUUACCUAAAAACAUUAGGAAAUUCUGAUGAGGACAACUUUGAAUUUGUUUGUCUCAGGCACUUUAUACAAUGCCGUGUUUCCUGAGCAUGUAGAGGAGGUCCACCAUUAAUGAACUUCACGAGACUUGCCUAGAACUUUCGAUUAUGGAAUUAGGGCAACGCAUUUCCUCCUGCCUGCAAGCAAUUGCUGUUGCACAAUUCGGUUGUUUACCGUAGGCGACGAUGGAGAAACUAAAAUAAGUAUCUCCGCGGAAUUAAAUAGUUUGGAAUUGCAGGGGAGCCUUGAGGCUGAAACAGAGUAAACUAUACGAUUGAAAAUGAAUAAUCGAUACAAGUUACAUUCUUCUGGGGGAAGCGCUGGUCGGACUUUUGAUCUCAGGGCAAUUGCAGCGGGCUCCAAUGGGGAGCUGGUAACCAGUACAAACAGGGCAUGCCGUGUCACUGUCAAAAUUUAUCAAGCAAAAGAUUUGAAGAAGAGACUUUUAGCAUACGAUGUAAGCGAUCUGUUUUUCAAAUUAAGAUUGGAGGAUAUUACACACAAGUCAAGAGAGAUUAAGGGCGUGGUUGAUCAAAAUGGAGUAUUGGUGGUGAAUCAGAAUUUUACUUUUGAUGUCAAAGACUUUAAGAGUGCCCAGCUGUCAGUACAAGUGUAUGGAAAGGGUCUGUUUGGAUUUGAUGAGCUAAUUGGAGCAUGCCAAAACAUUCCUGUGAAACUCCUAAUGGAUAUCGGUAAUGGGUUUAGUGAAGGAGAGGGCAAGUGGUAUGAUCUUUUCAUAAAAGAUGGGAAAAGGAAGCUACCAGGGAAGGUUCUGAUGAAUAUUGUGGCAGGCAUAGCUGAGCCAGAACAAAAUAUAUGUGUAUUUGUUGGAACCUGGAAUGUUGGAAAUGCUAGGCCGCCAGAGGACUUGUCUGCUUGGAUUCCAAUAUCUGGUGCUUAUCAAAUAAUGGCUAUUGGCACACAGGAAUGUGAUUAUCCACCAAGGCCACCAUUUACAGACUGUGGAAAGGAUUGGCUUGAGACUCUUAGGAAACAUGUUGGCAGACAGUAUAGAGUAAUUCGCUACACUUCAAGAGGUCAGAUGAGGCUGAUUAUUUUUGUACGUGAUGAUGCAGAGAAAGCAAUAUCUGAUGUAGAUAGUGGAAGCGAAGCUACUGGUGUUGCAAAUGUCAUGGCAAAUAAAGGAGGCGUUUGUAUUUCUUUCAAGUUCUGGGAUACAGGGUUAUGCUUUAUAAACUGUCAUUUUGCUGCUCAUGAUGGCCAGUGUGAAAUUCGGAAUAGCAACUAUAGAGAUAUAGCUGGGCAGCUGCAAAUAGGAUUGCAAAGCAUGGACAUCUUGAAUCAGUUUCACCAUGUCUUCUGGAUUGGAGAUUUGAAUUAUCGACUUGACUUUGGGAAGCAUGAAGAAAAGCCAUUGACACCACAAAGAAGAUUUUGGAGCAAAACGGUCAAGCAGAUCCUUGAUGGAGGAUAUAGAGAGUUGCUUCAGUAUGAUGAGCUGCGAAGGGAAAAGGCAUCAUCAAGAGUUCUCCAUGGCUUCAAGGAGGGAGUUAUCCAGUUCCCCCCAACUUAUAAGAUGCAAAGGGAUUCCAUACAAAUGUAUGAUCAGAAGCGAAUGCCAGCAUGGUGUGAUCGUGUUCUUUGGCGGACACUGCAGGGAUGCCACACAGACCUUCUAUCUUAUACAUAUUCACCACAAAUUGUAACAAGUGACCACAAACCUGUUAGUGCAACAUUUGGAUUAACUGCUUAUGCUCUUCCUUCAUCAAAAUCAGAAGCCUUAAAUGAUUCUGAUGACAAAAGAUGGCAUGUUCGAUUCACAUCUUUGAGAGCAAAAAAUCUGCGGGCUUCACACAUUAAUGGCUUUUCAGACCCAUAUAUAUCAUUUAUUGGACCAAAUUUAGCUCAAAGUUUCAGGUCUAAAGUGAAGUAUCAGACCCUAAAUCCUGUAUGGAAUCCCCUUAAGGAAUUACCAACACUAGUACUCAACAUAUUCCCUCUACAAAGGCUAGAAAAGGAAUAUCUGAUGGUUCAGGUGCACGAUCACGAUUCUCAAUCCACAAAAGACAUUCUUGGUUAUGCUGCCAUUCCUUUGGCAUCUGCAGUUACUGCAUUCAAUAAAGGGCCUCGUGAGCUUAGUACUUUUAGAGUGGAAUUAUCACACUGUGGUUUGCCAGCUGGAACUCUCGAGGGUGGCAUGAAACUGACCUGGGAAAGGAAUGUGAUCAAACGGAGAUCCAGAUUUGCUAGGGAAAUCAUGGCAAAAACAUUAAGCCUACGCAACAGCUUGAGGAAAACAAUGUCCGUCGACAAAUUUGCACAUGAAAAAGGCUGAAGUUGUUUUCCCAUGCCUGUGAGUGUAGGGGCUGUCUAAUGACCAAUGAUGCCUGUCCUGCCAAGUUUUCUUGUUGAGAGUUCAGAGUUGUCUGGUUGCCCGUCUCUGUCCUUAAAUGCAUUGUUUGUCCUUCUCUAGGUGUCAGUGUAAAUUUCAAAAAAGUUGUUUAUUCUGUCUUAUAAAAAUAAUCAAUCCCCUAGAAUGGAAUCCCCAUAGUCACUUUCCAAGGUAAGGAUUUUGCUUUGAAUGGAUGAAUGUUUUUUAUAAGUUUACAUAGGCUGUUUAAUAAUCAAUCUCCUAGAAUUGAAUCCCAAUAGUCACUUUCCAAGGCAAGUAUUUUGCUUUGAAUGAAUGAAUGUAUGUUUUUAAUAAGUUUACCAGGUCAAACAGCCUAUGCUUUCCCAUAAGAAUGAAGCAAAAUUAGAGGGUAUAUUCACAAGUUCUUAAUAUAAAAUAAAAUAGUAACAAUUGUCACUUGAGGUC